AUGACUGAUGGCACCUCCAUAAGCUGCAUUGACCGUGCCGAUGGCGGACAACAGGUCGUCGCCAACAAGUGCACGGAUUUGACCUUCCACAUCAGCUGCGUCCCGAUCGAAAACGCGAGUGGUCCUCAAGUCACGAAGCGCGUGACUCCCGCCACUGCGGAUCAUAGCAUUCGUGAUGAGUCUUCCAGAGCCAGCAAGGCGGGCGCGCAUGAAGAGCAAACUUCCUAG